AUGACCAACCAAUUCCAGACAUUUGAGCUGGAGGACUUCUGCUCCGUUUAUGACGGUGCCUCAGUGGUCAACUUCAUAUUCUCGCUUCUAAUCACGUUGGGCAUUUUUGUCAGUUAUUUGCCACAAUAUUUCCGGAUAUACAAGAAGAAGACCUCCGAAGGACUCUCAGUCAACUUCUUGUUUCUCGGGUCAUGUUCAUCAAUUUUCACCUUUACCAACAUCAUCAUGAUCAGCUCCCGUGCCCGUUACUGCUGUCGGGUGGGUGCAUUGACCUUGUUUAACUGUCUCAAUUCGCAACUCAACUUGCUCCAGAUUGGACUCCAGUGCACGUGUGCCAUUAUGAUUUUGGUGCUUGUUCUUAGUUUCACAAGGGGUUCAGUGCUCCAGGAUAAGGAGGAGUACGCCCGGAUUGUGAAUGUCGGGCGGUUGGUGAUGUUUCACGGGGUGGUUUCCCUUAUCCAGAUAGUCGUGGCGUUUGCCACCAACAGACAGGUUCUACUUGCGUUGGCACAAUUCAAUGGCUUGAUGUCGACGUUGCUCACCAUCAUCAAGUACGUCCCACAAAUCAUCACCACAUACAAGUUGAAACAUCCAGGCACCUUGUCGAUUGGAAUGAUGUGUAUCCAGACCCCGGGCGGGUUUGUGUUUACGGCAACGCUCUUCUUCACCAAGGGGCUGCACUGGAGCUCAUGGGUAUCGUAUUUCGUGGCAGCCAUGUUACAGGGAUCGUUGUUACUUCUCUGUAUUUACUAUGAGCACUUCAGUGGCUACAAGGACCUCGAACGGCAGCAAUUGGAGCGGAUCAUCGAAGAGAACACUCGAGAUGCACAUGACAGAGCACAGGCAGAGACUUCUCCAUUGGCCAACUAA